UGUGUAGAAAGUGCUGCUGUGUUUCUUCACUUGUCUUUACCACAUUCAUAACUGCCCAGUGGCGGCAGGAAGCUGCGAGUCAACAUGUCCUCUCAGGAGCAGCUCGCACACAGGAGCCUGUUUAUCUAAGGUUUUCACAUGAUGAUAUGUUUUAGCCCCAACUUCUAUCAUCGCAAUGUCCAGGAACUCAUCGGUCGUUGUUGUUAAUCCGCUGUAGCUUCGGUCGCUUUCAGUAACUCGCGGGAUGUUAUCGAACUCAUCGGGGGAUUUGAGGAGGUCGCCGGGCAACAACAUCAGGGAGGACCGGCUCUUUAUCUCCACAUGUCUCAAAGGGACGAGUGUGAAAAUGACAUCUGGGAGUACAAACCUCUCCAGAAGAAAAAGAGGACACAGAAACCACCACCUGCAGCCACAACUACAAGAAGGUGCACUACCGGGAAAACCUCCAAGAGAGACAACACUACUGCCCCCCCAGUCGAGACACAUACGAGGACUGAGAAGGUCAGGACAGAUGGACGAGCAGGAUCUAGCACAUGUGUUGAUGUUGACAGUGUAGAGACCCUCACUGUGUCCUCGGUGUUGUCUCCUGCCUGUGAGACAGUUCAGACGGACAGUGCAGCUGAGGGACCGUCCUCUGGACACUUCUGCCCCAUGUGUCAGAUGCCCUUCUCAGUCCUGGUGGUGCAGACUCAAAGAUGGCACGUUGCCGAGUGCCUCGACACCCCCAGGGACAAAUGCAAAGAAUGUCCAGAUGGUCUCCAGUGCUCCUCUACCAUCCCAAACCAUUACAAGAAAUUUAACCACACGCUUCUGGCCCAUAGUCGAGCAAAUAGCGACUCGUUGCUUCUCAGUCUUUCCCAGCAAGCCGAGACUAGAGGGGAGACCGGCCUCAGUCAUCUCCCCGGGCUGAUGAAUAAUGAUGUGGAUGGCUCUGAAUUUGAGACGUCACAGGACAGUGCUGUCAGUGUUUCUGCCUCAUCCCCUCACAAUAGUAUUACUGGAACGCCUCUGUCUAAACGUACAAAUGGACUUCUGUGUCUUCGCUCACCUGGCCCAGAUGAUUUAAAGAAAAAGAAAGGCUGGUCGUCCUCGACUAAAGGCCACAAAUCCAUCAGUGCUUCCCAAGAGAGUAAAACAGAGAUAUCAUCCACUCCGGUGAAGGAAGAGAGUGGAGCUUGUGAAGUUUUACCAAAAAGUGAAACUGAACACGAGGCCAUUUCCUACUCACCCCUGUCAGAGUUCCCUCCACAGACUGAAGUCAAUAAAAGUGAGUGCAGAAAAAGCCUUUUCAAAAGUGACGCAUUUGAUAAUGGUGAUGAAGACUCGCUGACACUGUUUGGUGACAGCUUUUCAAGUGAAGAUGAACUCACUCAGUUCAUAGACAACAUGGAAACCAAUAAUGUGUCCGAAGAAGGCCUGUCGUCCUCAAACAUCCAGCUGGAGUCAGUUACCUCAUUAGCUGAUUCCACUGGGAAAGGGGAAGGUCGUGGUAAAGCUGCCAAUCCCAUCAGUCCCUGUACGAGCAUUCAGUCUCCACAGAGUGUUGUUUUAGAGCGCCUGAGAGAAACUCUUCAGAGCUCACAGAGUCUGUAUUCCAAAGAUUCAAAAGAGAGUAUUCAGUCAGAGCAGCCUCACGCAAACUCUCGUCAAGAACUUAAAUCUGAAACCAUGCCACUGCAGAGGACCCAGAGCAAAGCUGCUCAGGCCUCCUCUCUGAAGCAGACGGACAUUGGAGUGUUUUUUGGCCUCAAACCGCUAAAGAAAGAGAAAGAGGUCCAAAGUGCGCCGAGCGAGCACAGCACUGCCUCGAAUCUGGCACUUGGGGAGAACUCGGGACAGAGACGACAAAGGAGAGAGAGGCAGAAGAAAAGUAAGGCUGACACAACCACUGAUGCCUCACAGGGGACAGCGACUGUAGUUAGCAGUGGUGCAGCGAGCGCUCAGGGAGAAGCGAGGAAAGGUUGGAGGGGAGGAUGGAGAAGAAGGAACAGAACAAAUGCUGAUGGAGAAGUAGAAUUACCACGCUGUCCUUUCUACAAGAAGAUUCCAGGCACAAAGUUUGUCAUUGACGCCUUUCAUUACGGGGAGAUCGAGGGCAUCGCUGCCUACUUCCUAACACAUUUCCACUCAGACCACUAUGGAGGGUUGACCAAGAACGCAACAGUUCCAAUCUACUGUAACAGAAUUACAGGGAACUUGGUGAAAAGCAAGCUGAGGGUGGCAGAGCAGUACAUCCACAUUCUCCCUAUGAACACCCAGGUGACUGUGGAGGGGGUCAAGGUCAUCCUCCUGGAAGCCAACCAUUGUCCAGGAGCUGCCAUGCUGCUGUUCUUCCUGCCUGAUGGACAGACGAUCCUCCACACUGGAGACUUCAGAGCUGAUCCCUCGAUGGAAACCUACCCAGAGUUACUCAGCUGCAGAGUGCAGACGCUCUACCUGGACACCACCUACUGCAGCCCUGAGUACACCUUCCCCAGACAGCAAGAGGUCAUCAGCUUUGCAGCCAACACAGCGUUUGAACUGGUGACGCUCAACCCACGUACACUUGUGGUGUGCGGCUCCUACUCGGUGGGGAAAGAGAAGGUCUUUUUGGCACUGGCAGAAGUCCUAGGGUCCAAAGUGUGCCUCUCGAGAGACAAAUACAACACCAUGUGUUGUCUGGAGUCGGAGCAAGUCAGACAACGGAUCACCACCGACUGGAAGGCUGCCCAAGUCCACGUGCUGCCCAUGAUGCAGCUCUCCUGCAACAAACUGCAGCAACACCUGGCGCGGUUCUCACAACAGUACGAUCGGCUGGUGGCCUUUAAACCCACCGGCUGGACCUUCAGCCAACAGAUGGAAUCAGUGGAAGACAUUCAGCCUCAGAUCACUGGCAACAUCUCCAUUUAUGGAAUCCCGUACAGUGAACACAGCAGCUUUCUGGAGUUGAAACGUUUUGUGCAGUGGAUCAAACCUCUCAAGAUCAUUCCCACAGUCAACAACGGCAGCUGGGCCAGCAGGAAGGCCAUGGAGAAGUGCUUCAGUGACUGGCUCAUGGAGGCUAAAGCCAAACUGUAGCUUAUUUACCUGUAAACUGUGUUAAACGCUGCUGCUGAUUAUCAUUUCUACAACUACCAUACGAGCACGGGGAACAAAUGCAUUUUAACUGGACGUAUUUUAUCGAAGUUGUUUUCCUCAAGACUGUUGAGCUCAUAUUCAACACAUUCAUUCAACAGUACAGUUUUGUAAACAUGACUUGAGGCCAAACAUGUAUCAUGAACCACAAUUGUUAAACAUUGGAACAGAAUUAACUAGAUGGCUACUAAUUACACCAGUGAUGUCACUAAAGGUUCUGCUUUGAGACUGUCCUAUUUGUUUUCCAAUGUAUGUAAUUUAAACAAUUUAUGCUGAGAAAAUAAAAGUUUUAACGGUUCCUUUAACCCUUUU